UUCAAUUCUUGUCACCUUCUGUCUUCGAAACUGGCACCAUGGAAUCCGUUGAGGAGCAACUGGCUCUGCUGGGGCCAGGCGCCAUUCGCCCAGCCUAUGACCAUGGCCAUGACCAUGUCCCGGCUUCAGUCGCUCGCCGGCUCUAUGUGUCGCACUUCUUGUCGACCUGGAACUCUAGGGUCUUUGAGUUUGGGGCGGUUCUUUACCUGGCAGCUGUUUUCCCAGGAACCCUGCUACCAAUGUCUCUGUAUGCUCUCGUCCGCGGCCUCUCUGCAAUUGUCUUUGCGCCGGCGGUUGGGUGGUACAUUGACACAGGAAACCGGCUUCAAGUCGUUCGCGUCUCUAUUGUUUUCCAGAGGCUUGUAGUUGCGGCAUCUUGCGCCAUCUUCUAUGUGUUAGCUGCUGACAUACCACUCACUUCUGGUGUAAGAGCAGGCCUGCUUGUAGUUGUCACGUUCUUUGCCUGCGUGGAGAAGCUAUGCUCGAUAUUGAAUCUAGUCUCUGUCGAGAAAGAUUGGUGGUCUUCUGUUUAUUCCUGGUGUGUGCUAAUACAUCUGGCUAAUUGCCAGGUUGUGGUCGUAGCAGAACGAAACCCAGAAGCGCUUCGGGUUAUGAAUGCUCAGAUGCGGCGGAUUGAUCUGCUGUGUAAGUUGUUUGGGCCACUAUUUAUUGCCAUGAUAGACGCCCAAUCAUCUCAAGUGGCCAUGAUUGCCAAUUUUGCUAUGAAUGCCGCAACUCUCCCCAUCGAGUACUUCACCAUCGCUCGAGUCUAUUUCGACAUUCCGGAGCUGCAACAGGCAAAGACAACGUUGCAAUGGAGUACUACGCCACAAACAGAGUCAUCUCGCACCCAAAAGACGUUUAACAGCAUGAUCUGGAAGCCGGUGGUUGCCAUGAGUAAAAAAUCUGUACAGGACUUCUCCUUGUACUUCAAACACAAGGCAUUCCUCCCCUCCAUUGCAGGCGCGGUUCUAUAUUUCACAGUCCUUAGUUUUGGAGGCCAAAUGGUUACAUAUCUCCUCUCUUCGGGUUACUCAUCCAUGCAGAUCGGCAUUGCUAGGACAGUUGGCGUGAUAUUCGAGGUGCUGUCUACGUGGGCGGCGCCUUGGCUUAUGGGACGAAUCGGGGCGAUAAGAGCUGGUCUCUGGAUGAGUAGCUGGCAAGUCAUCAUGCUGGUUGUGGGAGUAUGCAUCUUCUGGACGUUUGAUGGAAAGGACUCGCUCAUCUCGGCAAGCGGGCUUGUUGGGGGCACGGUGUUUAGUCGUUUGGGGCUGCGAGGGUUUGACCUAUGUGUCCAGCUCAUUGUCCAAGAGGAGGUUGAAGCAGAAAAUCGCGGCGUCUUCUCUUCCGUCGAGGCUGCGUGGCAGAAUGCCUUUGAGCUUCUCGCCUUUGCGUCCACCAUUGUCUUCUCCCGCCCCGAAGAGUUCAAAUGGCCGUCACUCAUCUCGACUCUGGCCGUUGCCUCGGCCAGUAGUGCUUAUGCAACGUUUGUGUACCUGCGUAGAGGACACCUGUUACACCUUGAGGCUCUAGCAAUCUUCCUGUUCACCGAGAAGAAGAGACAGGAAUCUGGCCCGGAGAUAUAAGACACGGCGCAACAGGAGACAGGCCUGUUUUGGGCAUAGCGUACUGGUAGCAAUUGACGAUUGGCGUUCU